AUGUUAGCGGUGGGGCAGAUGGAUGCUAAUCGCCAGAGCGCGUUCGUCCUCAGCAGCACGCCGCUGGCCGCGCUGCACAACAUGGCCGAGAUGAAGACCUCGCUCUUCCCUUACACGCUGCAGAACCCCUCCGGCUUCAAGGCGCCGGGCCUGGGCGGACUCAACACGCAGCUCCCCUUGGGGACGCCGCACGGAAUAAGCGACAUCCUGGGGCGGCCCGUGGGCACCGCCAGCAACCUCCUGGGCGGGCUGCCCCGCAUCAACGGGCUGGCGGCCUCGGCGGGGGUGUACUUCAACCCCGCCGCCGUGUCCCGCUACCCGAAGCCGCUGGCGGAGCUGCCGGGGCGGCCGCCCAUUUUCUGGCCGGGAGUGGUGCAGGGCUCUCCCUGGAGAGACCCGCGGCUCGCCUGUCCCGCUCAGACGGGCAUGGUUUUGGACAAGGACGGCAAGAAGAAGCACUCGCGGCCGACUUUCUCUGGGCAGCAGAUUUUUGCUUUGGAGAAAACCUUUGAACAGACGAAAUACUUGGCAGGACCGGAGAGAGCUCGCCUCGCCUACUCCUUGGGGAUGACCGAGAGCCAGGUGAAGGUCUGGUUCCAGAACAGACGGACCAAGUGGCGGAAGCGGCACGCGGCGGAAAUGGCCUCGGCGAAGAAGAAGCACGACUCGGAGACGGAGAAGCUGAAGGAGAGCUCGGACAAUGAGGACGAUGACGAGUACAACAAGCCCCUAGACCCCAACUCAGACGACGAGAAAAUCACGAGGCUAUUGAAAAAGCACAAAUCCACGAACCUGUCCCUCGUCAGCCCCUGCAGCACCAGCUCGGACACCUUGUGAGGGCGCGGGCACCGACGGCUGCGCCGCUGCGCCGGCCCCGGGCCAACUGCAACUGGAUGUUUAAAGUGGUGUGUU